GUUCACUGUGCUAAUGGCUGUUUGUGACUGUGAUUCUGCUGUUGAAGAAGAAAAGGUUUUACGCUGUGUUGAACUACUUCUUGAACAUGGUGCUAAAACUGGUGUUUAUGACAGGCAUAGAAUGUCACCAUUGAUAUAUGCUGCAAGGCAAGGCAGAGUCAUGGUCUGUGAAAGACUCCUUCAAAAAGGAGCUCAAAUCAACAAGACUGAUGGCCGUGGAUGGACUGCAUUAUCUUGGGCAGCAAGCAGAGGUCACGGUAGGUUAAUCAGAGUGCUACUGGACCAUAAAGCUGACCCUAAACUGUACACACUAGAUGGACAGUCACCCAGCGACAUUGCUUAUGCCAAUGGAUAUCACACUAUCUCUGGGAUAUUGGAAGCUGCUGCCGCAGGAACUCUCGGCAAUAGAGCAGAAUUGCUUUUGUCAAGUAAUGAAGAUGAGAAGGUGGUAGACAACAGUGCUUUAGAAAGAUAUGGUGAGCUUGAGGUAUUACUCUGUGGAUUACAGCUUGGACAUUUGGUUCCAAAAUUUCAGGAACAUAAAAUAACCUUUGAAGGAUUUGCAAAAAUGACAGAACACGAUCUUGAUCAAAUAGGAGUAACACAAGUAGGUGUACGYCAAAAGAUCCUCGAAGCUGUACGUGAUAUCCAUGUUAAAGAUUGGGAUAUGUCAUCAUUACAAAGACAGCAAAAGAGCCUUCUAAGUGCUCAAGAAGUGGCUACAGUCAUAGCCAAUGRAAGCAAACAUCUCUCAGUGAUUGAAAGUAGUGUAGUUUACGCUCACAAACAAUUGGAUCGCGUUAGUGAACCUACAACAUUUGUACAGGAUGUUUCCGAGGCAGAAGGUUUGGUCUUCUUUGCCAAAGAGGCAUUACAAAAUGCUGACAGUUUACGAAAAGAGUUAGAUUCACUUCAAGGAAAAUGCAAUGAGCUGUCUUCCCAAAGCCAUCUGUUAUCAGCAGAUCUCAUUCCGCCAGCUAACUCUUCAAACUCGACAUCCAGACGAGGCGUAUUGGUACUUGGACUUGCUGCGGUCACUUUAGGAAUAAUAUACAUAAAAAYGUUUGGGUCACCAUGGUUACCAGGUUGAUUCGAGACUAUCAGCGGAGUACUAAGAUCUCCAACUUACCUGUUGAGGAUGAAAGAUUAACAAUGCUACGUUACUUCCUAUUGGGAACAACAGAUAUAUGACAUACGUCACUUCCUGUUAUGGUCACUAUUGCCAACAUGCCUCGUUCUAGUGCUUUGUUACAAUUACGGAAUAAUGGUACGUCAUUUCCUGAUACAUGUGACCGGCUACUACUAAUAUGACUGUUUCUCUAAACCCGUGAAAUGAAAACUAAUAUUAUUGAAAUGCCACAUAAUUGAAGGAUAGGUUUUUCCUUUGUAUUUGCCUUUCAAAUAGACUUUCCUUUUCAAAGGACUGUCAAACAAAUAUCAUUCGCUAGUUUUCACCUUCAAAGAGACAAUAGAACAAAAUAACCGAUAACAGAUAAGGUGCUAAGAUGUGUUUCACGGGAAUAUGGAAGAGACUGUGAAAACCGCUCAUAAACCAUUUGUUUUUGCUGCAAAUUUGAUUUCAUGGAUUWYGUAGGUUUAGCUCUUUAAUCGCARSUACAACYUGCCAACUCGCCUUAUGGUUGUAUUCAUYUGACAGGCCCUUAUUCAAUGGAAUCUAGAACUUGUCACACGUCUCAGUUGUAAACAAAAUGGGAAAAAUACUUUUCUUUUGACGGAUCUACAUAUUUUUUUAAUUUAUGUUAUUGUUAUAUUGAUAUCUUCUUCAAUUUUAACACUGAAUAUAUUAAAAGGUUAUACAACA